AUGGCAUGUCUGGAAAUCAUGGACUGGGUAAUGAAAUUGGAAAAAUUGGGAGCCUUAAAAUGGGACAAGGUAGUGCAUGGCAAUCAAGCGUGGAGGCUUAUCACUUGCAUCUGGCUGCACGCUGGUGUUAUUCAUCUGCUUGCAAACAUGUUGAGCUUGAUCUUCAUUGGAAUUCGCCUUGAACAACAAUUUGGAUUCAGUACGUUAUCUGUUCCCUUUUGCAAUGGUAGCGUACUAUCGUCUCUUUUCAUUCAACGUAGCAUUUUUGUUGGUGCCUCUGGUGCUUUAUUUGGCCUUCUUGGAGCAAUGUUGUCGGAGCUGCUGACUAAUUGGACUAUCUAUACAAAUAAGGCUGCAGCUCUGAUCACACUCACGGUCAUCAUUGUCAUUAACUUAGCAGUGGGGAUUCUUCCUCACGUUAACAACUUUACGCAUAUUGGAGGUUUCUUAACCGAUUUUCUCCUCGGGUUCGUUUUGCUACUUCGUCCCCAAUUCGGGUGGGUGGGACGUAAACAUCUUCCUGCCGGUGCUCGUGUAACAUCUAAGCAUAAAGCAUACCAAUACCUAUUUUUGGUAAUAGCUAUGGUUUUACUCAUUUUUGGUUUCACGAUUGGGGUUGGUAAUCUUGUUUAG